UGUAAGAUAUCGGAAGGGUGGUUUUGCAUUGGGGUCUAUGACCUUAAAUACAAAUAUUAUAAAAACAAAGCAAUAAAAAUACAUGCAAUGUCAAAAUUAUACCGCUAAAAGAAACAUUUUGUAAAAUUAAAUAACAACAAUUCGGUUGUCAUUGGCAACAAUUGGUCAAACAUUUACAUACAUACAUAUGUUCACAUUUAUAUACCAAACAACUGGUACAAAUAGUGUAAAUUGAAGUUUUCAUAAGGAAUAACUAAAAUGGAAGAUUACGCUCCAAGUCGUUACAAAAUGUUGGAAAAAAUCGGUGAAGGUGUUCAUGGUUGUGUAUUUAAAGCUUUAGAUUUACAACGUAAUCGUACAGUUGCCAUUAAAAAGGUAGCUUUAAAAAAUAAGUUCGGUAACAUUUCCCUAAAUACUUUACGUGAAAUAAAAACCUUGCAAUUAUCAAAAUGUGAAUAUAUUAUCAAUAUUUUAGAUUUAUUUCCGGAUCUUAUUGGUUUAUCAUUAGUACUGGAAUAUAUGCCAGAAACAUUAUAUGGUAAAUUAAAAAAUGAACUAAAUCCCUUAAGUAGACAACAAGUGCGCAAAUUUUCUUUAAUGAUGUUAAAUGGCAUUGAAUAUCUUCAUAGUUUGGAUAUAAUUCACAGAGAUAUUAAACCUGCCAAUUUAUUGAUAAGCGAAAAUGAAGUUUUAAAAAUUUCUGACUUUGGUUUGGCGCGACUGUAUUUUCCUGAGGAAGAAUCAAGAUUAUAUUCACCACAAGUUUCUACACGAUGGUAUCGUGCUCCCGAAAUAUUGUGGGGUAGUCAAAAAUAUGGUCCUCCAGUUGAUAUGUGGGCGGCUGGUUGUGUUAUUGCGGAAAUGUUAAGAGGUGUACCAUUAUUCGCAGGCACCACCGAUAUUGAACAAUUGGCUUUAGUCAUUCGUACAUUAGGUACUCCACGCUUAAACGAAUGGCCAGAUUUAACAUCUUUGCCUGAUUACAAUAAAAUUAGAUUUCCUAAUGCAGUGGGUAUAUAUUGGGAUAAUCUCUUUCCUAGUUGUACGCAUGCAGUUGAAAUAAACUUGGUAUCCAAUCUUGUUGUUUAUAACCCCAAAAAUCGUUUAAAAGCUUCUGAAGCCACAAAACAUGACUAUUUUCAUUGAGAAUAUUAUGAAUUUAUGGAUUAGUUUUAAAUUAAAUAAAAAUAACGGCACGUUUUUAAACAAUUUUAACAACCCUGCUUUAUAUUAAUCUGGCAGCGCAAUUUUUUUUAACCAUCUGGUUUCUUAUACCUAAUUAAAUAUGGCAUCAUCACACUUUGU